AACUCCGCUAAAGUUCAAGCAAUUUCUCAGCAACUUCCAAAGGAUAUUUUUCCUUUUCUUCUGUUCUGAUGAAGAAAUCAGGUGGUUCUAUGAUUCUGAGACUCUACAUAAUACUCUCGAUAGCUGAUUCUGUCACAACCAUUCAAACUCUGCCUUUAGCUUCCAAUGGAACUUUGUCACCUCGACAAUGGCUUCAAAAUUGAUAGCAAAUGCCUGACUCAACUCAUGAAGGAGAAAAACCUACACCUUCUUCAAGACCUCGAAGGCAUUGAUGGCGUUGUAUCGGCUCUCCAAACCAACAAUGAGCGUGGCAUCGACGAUGAUGGUGACAAUAUUGCUCGCCGGCUUGAAGCAUUCGGUUCAAACACGUACAAGAAGCCGCCUUCAAAAAGCCUCUUCCAUUUUAUGUGGCAAGCUGCUAAGGAUCUUACCAUUGUCAUCCUCUUAGGCUGCGCUGCGCUCUCACUUGGAUUCGGCAUAAAGCAACAUGGACUAAAAGAAGGAUGGUAUGACGGAGGAAGCAUCUUUGUCGCGGUUUUUCUUAUCGUGGUUGUAUCCGCCUUUAGUGACUACAGGCAGAGCAAGCAGUUCCGGAAGUUGUCCAAAGCAAGUGAGGACAUUCCAAUUGAUGUUGUGAGAGGCGGUAGGCGGCGACAGAUUUCGAACCUUGAUAUUGUUGUUGGAGAUGUUGUGUUCUUGAAGAUUGGAGAUCAAGUUCCUGCUGAUGGAUUGUUCUUGCGUGGACAUUCGUUGCGCGUGGACGAAUCAAGCAUGACGGGGGAGAGUGAGCAUGUGGAAGUUAAUGGCAGCCUGAAUCCGUUCUUGUUUUCAGGAACCAAGGUGGUCGAUGGAUAUGGUGAAUUUCUUGUUGCUUCAGUUGGCAUGAACUCGACGUGGGGCGAAAUGAUGAGCUUGAUCGGCCGUGACACUAGUGAUCAGCAGACACCAUUACAAGCGCGACUAAGUAAACUAACCCCGCUGAUGGCGAAGAUUGGCUUGGGUGUUGCAUUCCUAGUUUUCGUGGUCUUGGUAGCGCGCUACUUCACAGGCAACACGAAGAACAAAAGUGAAUUUGGUAAGUUUGAGGGCAACAAGACAAAGAUUGAUGAUGUGGUGAAUGCUGCGGUGGACAUGGUAGCAGUUGCAGUUAUUAUUGUUGUGAUUGCAAUUCCUGAAGGCUUCCCGUUGGCUGUCACUCUGACUCUCGCUUAUUCGAUGAAGAAGAUGAUGGCGGACCAAGCAUUGGUAAGGAGGCUCUCUGCUUGCGAAACUAUGGGAUGUGCCACCGUAAUUUGUACAGACAAGACGGGCACACUGACGCUCAACGAGAUGAAGGUUACAAAGUUUUGGCUUGGACAGGAAUCUGUGGAAGAUGAUGCUGGUUAUUCAUCAAUUUCUGAUUGCCUUCUCGAUUUAAUUCGAGAAGGAGUAGCGUUUAACACAACUGGUAGUGUUUACAGGCCCAGUUCAGGAUCGGGAUUUGAGUUUUCGGGCAGUCCUACUGAAAAAGCCAUUCUUUCAUGGGCUACUCUAAAGCUGCACAUGGACAUGGAGAAAUUGAAGAAGCAAUGUGUCAUUCAACAUGUUGAAGUCUUCAAUUCGCACAAGAAACGAAGUGGGGUUUUGAUGAGAAGGAAGGACGACAAUACUACCCAUGUACAUUGGAAAGGAGCUGCAGAAAUGAUACUAGAAAUAUGCUCGAGUUACUACGAUGCGUCUGGUGUCACAAAAGAUCUGAAUGAUGAUGAAAGGUUGAAGUUUGAGGAAAUUAUUCAAGGCAUGGCAGCAAGCAGUCUUCGAUGCAUUGCUUUUGCACACAAACAAGUUCAGAAUAAGCACAUUAAUGACGAAAAGUAUGAAAAGCUCGAAGAAAGCAGCUUGAUCCUCUUAGGAUUGGUAGGUCUAAAGGAUCCAUGUCGGCCAGGAGUGAGGGAAGCAGUAGAAGCUUGCCAAUUAGCUGGGGUGCAGGUGAAAAUGAUCACCGGUGACAAUGUUUUCACCGCUAAAGCAAUAGCUAGCGAGUGCGGGAUACUCCGGCCUCACCAGGAAGCCAAGGAAGCAGUGGUAGAAGGUAUAGAAUUUCGCAACUUCACGCCAGAGCAAAGAAUGCAGAAAGUUGAUGGAAUUCACGUGAUGGCGAGGUCUUCGCCAUUUGAUAAGCUUCUUAUGGUGCAGUGCUUGAAACAGAAAGGCAAUGUAGUAGCUGUGACAGGUGAUGGCACGAAUGAUGCGCCCGCACUCAAAGAAGCGGACAUAGGACUCUCGAUGGGGAUUCAGGGAACGGAAGUGGCCAAGGAGAGCUCAGACAUUGUCAUUUUAGAUGACAAUUUUGCAACUUUGGUGACUGUUUUAAGAUGGGGAAGAGGAGUUUAUGCCAACAUCCAAAAGUUUGUUCAAUUCCAGCUCACAAUAAAUGUUGCAACUCUUGUGGUCAACUUUGUGGCAGCUGCCUCGGCUGGCGAAGUACCUUUAACAGCGGUCCAACUACUGUGGGUGAAUCUGAUUAUGGACACAAUGGCGGCUCUGGCUCUCGCCACCGAUAAGCCCACCAAAGAGCUCAUGGAAAAGCCACCCGUGGGUCAGACAGAUCCCGUGAUCACCAACAUCAUGUGGAGGAACCUUCUACCCCAAGCUUUGUUCCAGAUAGUUGUGCUCUUGGUCUUACAGUUCAAAGGCAGAUCAAUAUUUGGUGUUAGUGACAAGGUAAACAACACAUUGAUCUUCAAUGUAUUUGUGUUUUGCCAAGUGUUUAAUGAGCUUAAUUCAAGGGAUAUGGAAAGGAUUAAUAUCUUCAAAGGGAGUCAGGGGAACAGGCUGUUUUGGGGCAUCCUCGUUGUAACAAUUGCAGUUCAGGUGGUUAUGGUGGAACUUCUGAACAAGUUUGCAGACACAGAGAGGUUAAGUUGGGGACAAUGGGGUGCAUGCAUUGGGAUUGCAGCCAUAUCUUGGCCAAUUAGUUGGGUUUUCAAGUUCAUACCAGUACCUGCUAAGCCAAUAUUCAGCUAUCUAAAGAGGGAUAGCAAACGUGAGUUAGAGCAGUUGGCCGAGGCAAAGUCCCCAUAGCAUUGCACCGAAGUUCAAAUCCCCCACCCCGUAAAUUAGAUUAAUAUAGAAUUUAGUGUGUAAUAUUAUGAGCAAUUAAAUAAAUUGUGACGGGGCACAGUUGAAGGCCAACGAGUAUGGGUGGUUUUGGAUGGGUAGCGCGGGACUGUGGUGGUGUGUUUCACGGGGCGGGAGGACAUGGACAUGGAUCGAGUAGCAUGGCUGAGGCGGAGGCGGUAAGAGCUACGGUGAUGGUAUGUGUGGAGAAAGAAUGCUGGUUCUCACAUCCAAAAAUGUUCAGAACUCAAUCUGUAAUCCAAGAAAUUUAGACUUGAUCAUGCUUUUUUUUGCAUUCAACACCUUAAAUCAUAACCAGUGCAUAGAAUAGAGGAAGUUUUAGACAAAAUUAAAGGCAUAGCAUAAUCUAUGUUCUAUAGAAGAUAGAAGAUAUUGUAAUGGUGAUGGUAUGUUCUGCCUCCCUGAUUUGUAAUCUGUUUUCUUUUAUCAAUAUAAGUGUGCCGUUGCUACUAAAAAAAAAAAAGAAGAAAAAGGAAGUUUUGAUCAUGUCCCAUUUCAAGGCCAAAUUCAUAUGUUAGCUCACGAACAAGUGUUAAAAGACCAAUUUUUCUUCCUCUCUCUCUCUUCUUAAUUUGCAUUAUUUGCUAUUUUCGAUGACAGGGUACGUAUUUGUUAAGCAAGAAAGGUGGAAAAAAAACUCAGAGCCCUAGCGAGAGGGAAAAAAAACAUCGUAGUCGACGCUGGCAUAUUGAUUUUAGGGUAGGCAGCAAUUUCGCUGUCUCUUCCCUCUCUUUCCUUCCUUGUCACUUCCUUCUUCAUAAAAAUAGAUAAAGUUAUAGUUAUCUGACACGUAAGCAAAUCAUGGAGGUCGGGCCCACCAUCUUCUUCUCUCCGCCCCAUUUUCCUCUCUCUCCCGCGUCCCGCCUGAGGAAACAACUCCAGAACUCUGUAGCUCCAUUUUCUGUGUUUGUCUUUUAUCUUCUUAUGGGAAAUUAGUCUAGUAUUAUUUUGAAGUUACUUAUUAAAUUUUAAUAAGUAUUUCUGGAAGUCUUUUUCUUUUCUGGUUUGCGAGUCUGCAAGUUUUAAUCUUCAAGUAUGUAAAGGUAGGCUUCAAGGGAACUAUGCAAUCAGAAAAUCGAACCGUUUUUGA